AUUACACAUACAAGAUGAAUGUACAUCCCUUGGAAGAAGUGGCUGUAACCUAUACAGACCCAUUCCAAGUAUGGGAGGAGAUCCGCUCUAACAUGUUAGACAUCCUGCCGCUAAAAGUAAACGCCAAGAAAAUAAAUGGAAGCCACCAGAAAAAGUAUGAAAAGCUAAUACCGGGAAUAACAGGGGCCUUCCUGGACAAUGCAAGCUUCUACUGUACCUAUAUAAAGGCUGUUAAUGACCCCAAUAGACAGAAGCCUGCGGCUGAUGUGUUCAGCUCCGAGAAGCCGUAUUUACACCUGUAUAUACUACCACCCAUGGACUAUGAGUUCUUCAAAACUAAGGUGCGUAGUGACUUUAAAAACUUUGUCACGCAGUAUAAAUCAAGUGGCAUCACUAUAAUAUAUGGUAUUUGCAACAAGGAUAAGGAUAAUCAGCAAAAGGCCAAUGUAAAAACAAUACAGAAGAUUAGGUCACUAUUGGCGACGCUGUCAGUGAGUCAGUACCGCUUCUGCUUAGUGCCCAUGCUGGGACUGCCGGUGCUAACAGGAAGCGGUACACCCAUGGAGGAUGUUGAUUCCGCGGAAGGGGAUGACACCGGAUCAUCCAAAAACUGGGAAAGCCUACACCAGGUCAUGAGUGACUGCAUAUCGACAUCAGUGUGCACACGUAUGACAGAAGCUUUGGGAUACAUAUCGAAGAAACACCCACCUGACCAGCUGCAGCAAUACAUGUUUCACGAUGCCGUACUACGCAUAUACAGCAAGUUCGGGUCGUUGGACAUUGCUGCCCAGGGCUACCUGCAUAUGGUUGACUCCAUAAAGCAAACUGAUUUGUUCUCCAGGAUAUCAACAGCGGAUUUUGUCAUUACACCGUAUAUAUUCUGUGUAAAAACUGGCUAUCGUCUUCGACAGGAAGCUAGUCUGUUUGAGAUAUACCAGUACUUUUGCGCAAGUACUGCGCGGGUAUUACAAAGACAAAGUAACCUACAGUCACUGACCCAGACAUGUGAUUUGUUACUGGAUUCAACAAUGCUGUUCCUUGGUGUAUGCAGUGAAUUGGGCAGUGUAAGGCCACUACUGUGGUUACUCACAUUUAUCCAUACUGCUAUCCAGUAUAUCUACGACUGUGUAAAUUCAACUGAUGAGAUUGGGGAUAUGUUUAAUGCCAGCACUGGUACCUCAAGAAGCCAGUCACGGGCGUCAUUCUCACUGAGACACCGGAGACAAAGCUCUAGUUUCCAGGAAGUUAACCGUGGUACGGAGUCUGAGUGGUCCUAUGUAAGUUACACUAACAUGCCAGGAGCAAAAUCACUCAUAUCGCCAAAGUGCAUUACCCUGAGUGAUGUAGAGUGCGUAAAGCACGUGAACGUAUUCAAGAUGAUGAAACGGUACAUUGGAUUAAUGAACACGUUGGCCUACAAAGUUGCACUCAAGCUAUCCAGGCUCAUAGAGAGAAAUGAGACCCUUAACAUAGGGGAUUACAACACCGAUCAGGAGUGUUACAAAGAUUAUCGAACUAUCGAAGCACAGCUCUGGCAAAAACUACAAGAACCUACCACGCAAAAUGAACUCAUAAAGGAAACUGUAGAAUGCAGUGCAGUCAACUUCUCACAGGGUGACCUGCCGAGGUUUGCUAACGUUAUCGCAACGGCUAUACAAGACCGCAAUGCUCUGGCGUCGAUUACCAAGGACUGCAACCAACUAGGUUGGGGAAUUAAUUUAGGCACUACCAGUAUAUCCACUUAUGCCUGGAUAGGUGCUUAUGAACCUUAUCCUAACCUAGGAGCCUAUAUGAACAUUAUACAGGACGCACUUCAUGCCAACAUGGACAAAGUAGUGAUUGGCCCUAAUCUGUGUUUAACCCCGAUGUCUACAUUGGAAGAAUCGGUUAAUAUGUACCUGCGUGCCCUGGCUGCAGCGAAGAUUAACAUUGGAGCUGGAAGACUCAAUAUGUCUGGAGUAUAUGGCCAACAAGUUAAGUACAACUCGUUGACAUCCAGGAUCAAGCUGAAUAUCUAUAUAAACCAAGAAGUCAAGGAAGCCAGUGUAAAAUUAAUUCUACGUGAAGAACGCAAUGAAGGUGAGGAUGUAUAUAGUAAUUCGUACGCAACCGAGGAGAUCAGCUUGCCAGGAAUUAGAUUAUACAAGGGACUUAAUCAGUUUGACCUGAAGCAUACAUUCAGGUCAACGGCUAAUUACCUACUGGAUACAAUAGUAAUCAACAGUACCGAAUAUGAGACCAUGCAAAAACCAGGUACACCAAUACCACUGGAUAUCAUUAACCAAGUUGUUAAGUGCGUUAAGAAACAAAUCAGAUCGCCACAUAUACUGCCCUGCCUCAUGUUACCUACACAGUUUAUAUUUGAUGGACCUGAGAAUUGCAUAGAGGUAUGUGCAUACCCAUGCGCAACAUCGUGCGCUAAUUGCGAACCGGUAGUCCUCAAAGGGGUAUGUAAUUACAUAUGCUACCAAGUGGCAGCAUUUACAGGGGGUAAGAUUGUUAUAUCAGGUGGCGGCUUUGAAUACGACCUGGAUAAAAUAUGUCUAUACUCACAGGGAGUUAGAAAUACAAUGGUACACGUGGAGAAUACAACAGAAGGAUUAGUCCUAGAAAUUGGUGAAGGUAAAUUGUGUAACCAUAUUAUAUGCGUCCCGGUUACUAUAGGACCCAUUUUAUCCGAUGAUAUAAAACAAUGUGUCACUGUUUACGAAGAUGAAAUACGUGCUGAUACCAACCUGGUGUUUACAGUAUUGCCGCCAUUCUGCAGGGAAGUCAUGGCCACUCAAAUUGGCAAUACAGAUAUAAUACUCCAAGCUAUUGCGCCAUACUAUACCCUAGUGGAGUCCGUUUACGUAGAUGACAAGGUACUAGUCAACGAGCCCACACUACUGGAACCGUCAUCUAAAUACUAUAUCAGCUUAGAGCAUAACCUUGCAAAGUCAAGGAGUGACUCUGUAUGCAACACGGACGAUGUGUCAAUAGACAAUCUGUCAAUUAACACACAAAUGAGUUCGAAGGUGGUGUCCUCGGAAAGUACAUUCAGCGACGUUUUGAAUAAAACUGGUAGCCAGGAGUCUGCCUCCUCAGGGGAACGCUUGGAUACAAAUAGAACAUUUGUCACGGAGCAUACAAGCUACCAAUCACAAGGGAAGUUAGCUAUGGUCCCCCAAAGAUUAGACAAGGAUAAUAUGAACACGGAUACGCAGGACAUUAUGCGCCCAGAAAUGAUUGAGCAACUAACUACUACAAAUGGGCAUAUAAGAAACACACAAUCGGAACCAAGUACAUCCAAACAGAGUGUAACACCUGGAAGUGCUGUUCUAGAUUCUAUUCCGUAUACAGAACAUAAUUACCAAAAGCAAGUUAUAGUCAACUAUCGCAUUUUCAGACACAGGUGCCAGCAUCACAGUGGCUCGGAUACUAACGGACUAGAGCGCUUAUCAGACGUUCUGCAGUACAGUUUCACUGUACCACAAUCAGGACCAACAGAUGUAGUCAUAGACUACCAAACGCCGCCACACUGCUUCCCAGGAAUUCCAUUCGACGCCAGAAUAGUACUAAGAGCAACAAGGGAUCUCGUGUCCUUCGAUUACGAAAUGGACGUUAGCGAUCAUUGGAUCGUAGAAGGACCGAUACACGGGAGAAAUCAAUCUCUAAAAUGCGGAGAAAUAGCACAAUUACGAUUUAAAAUGGAAAUAAGACCAUUAAAGCAAAUCGCAAUGGCAGUGCUACCGACUCUGGACUUCCGUAGGCUCAACUGCCCACCCUUACAUAAGGAGAUUUUCCUCCUAAGCGUGCCAAAUUGUUAACA